AUGGUAGAUAUUCGGUUCAUCUCCACAAGCAUAGUUCGAUCGACAACUCCCUAUUAUUCAACUGGUCAUGAAAUGGUUGAAUUAGCUCCAUGGGAUCUUCAUCUCCUCUUAGUAGGCCCCAUUCAAAAGGGUCUCCUCUUUCCCAAGUACAACACCAAUAAGAUUGAUCACCUGAAAACCACCAUCUCCUUCACUCUACACUUCUUCCCUCCUCUCUCCGGCCGCCUUGCCUUAGCCAAACACGACGACAACACCACCUCUUUCUCCAUUCACUGCAACAACUCCGGGCGGACUCAUGGUUCGGACCGAAUCUCGCGGCCUCCCUCUCUUCAACGUUGGGUCCCUGAAAAUAUCAAUUUUCCGAUUCGCUUCCCUUCGUGUGAGUUCCACGUAGAUGAUAACUUUCUUCCACCUCACCUAGAGGAAGGGGUUUUCCAUUUCACAAAAGAAAAAAUUGCAAGACUGAAAGCAAAGGCCAAUGGUGAAAUAGGUGACGCCAAAGUAAUAAUCUCAUCUCUCAAAGCCCUCUUGGCUCACAUAUGGCGGUCUGUGGUACGUUGCCGACGCAUCAGAUCCGACCAAGAGACUAAGUACAAGUUACUAAUAGGAGCGAGGCCGCGGUUGCGGCCCCCACUCCCGGAGAAUUAUUUCGGUAACGCGGUUCAUUUCGAGACGGUGAUGAUAGAAGCGGGUGAGUUGCUUCGGCACAGACUAGGUUGGGCGGCUCGGGAAAUGAAUGAGAGAAUUGCUUCCCAGACGAAUGAGAAAAUCUGGGGGGUUUUGGAGAAAUGGGCGGAAAGCCCUAAGUUGGUGAAAAUGGGGGAUGUGACCAGUAAUGCUUUAGUAACUAGUAGUUCGCCAUGGUUCGAUGUGUACGGCUAUAAUAUCGGGUGGGGGAAACCAGUGGCGGUGAUGAGUGGUUUGGCAAACAAGCACGACGGGAAGAUAACGGUGUUUCCAGGGGCUGAAUAA